GGCUGCUGUUCUGACUGUUAGCUGCCUGGGAUAAAGGCUUGAUGUCAGGUACUCCCAUAAUUAUUUUUCCCUCAGCAGUUCUCCCCCGAAAAUGCGUCAACAAGCUGCGGGACAGCGAAGUCGUCGCCAGACUGCUCCAUCCGGACCACCUGUGGAUAUUAAGGCCAAAGUGAUCGACGAGCACGAGACAAUUCUAGAUGGUCUAGAAUCAGUCACAGAUAUCAAGAACGAGUUGGAGUUUGCGCAAUGGUAUACCGAUGUGGAGGACAGUCUGCUGGAAGCCAGCUACGAUGAAUAUCAAGCAUGUUUACAGGAGCUGCAAAUGUCCAAAUCCCAUCUAGACUCCUUGCUAUCGGAUACUUCAUCAACCCUCAACCUUCUCACAAGCCUUUCCAAUGACUUCAAAGCUGUUGAGUCGCAGACGUCCAAUUUCCAGAAACAAUGCGAAGGGCUCCUAUCCGCGCAAAAGCACGACUUGACACUGGCUACUCAAAUACAGGAUAACCUCCAGUACUAUGACUUUCUGGAUCCGGCUUCGAGGCGACUCAACGCUCCGGGUGCUGGAAACACAGUGCGCGGGCAAGAGUUCUCGGAUAUGCUCAGACGGCUUGACGAAUGCGUGGACUACAUGGAGGUACAUACCGAACAAAAGGAGGCCGGGGUUUACCGCUCGAGGUAUCGACUUCUGAUGACUCGAGCUCUCACUCUCAUUCGGACACACUUUGUCACCUCACUACGAGAUAUUUAUGCCGAUGCCUCUAAGAAGAUUGCCGACAAGCAACUCAAUGAGACAACAAUGUCUACCCUGCUCUAUGCAAAAUUUCGGGUCGGCGCACCGGAGCUGAAACAAAUCGGUCUCGAGAUACAGAAACGCGCCGUGCCCCCGGUGGACCCCGAUCAAGGCACAGAAGCCGAAUACCAGAGCCUUCUCAACGAGCUACACGCUAAUUAUGCUGCAACUCGUGGGAAGGUCAUGAUUCCGUUAGUCCAAAAGAAUCUUAGCGACAUCGCGCAGUCGCCUACCUCAUCGCAGGACCUUGUUGCCUUUGCGCGAGCGAGCAUCAGCUACAUCCGCGGAGUCUGUUUGGACGAAUUUGAACUGUGGGGCGAAUGGUUCCAUGGCCAGGGUGGACUUUAUGACUUCCUCGAGACCAUCUGCGAGCCGCUAUAUGAUCACCUCAGGCCUAGAAUCAUCCAUGAGGAUAAAAUAGUCAAGCUUUGCCAGCUUUGCACGUUACUGCAGACUCGAUACCUUUCGGAUCAGGAUGAAGAGUCGGACCAACCCGUCGACGCAAGCCAACUCGACUUCACUACUUUGAUUCAGCCGGCCCUUGAAGACGUUCAAACACGUCUCGUCUUCCGGGCCCAAGCUUUCCUGCGCGACGAGAUUGAGAGGUACAAGCCCCGCCCCGAAGACCUGGACUACCCAGCACGGAACCGGCAGUUCUCAAUUUCAGUCACGGAGGGCCAGAUCUCCGGCCGCAAGGUGGCUUCUGGACCCCUUGUCAACGUUCAAAAGCCGAUGAAACAAGCCGAAGAUGGCACAGACAUAGACCCCGACGCGAAGUGGGAUCUUGAGACCCCCAACGCCUUUAGCGGAUGGUAUCCCACCCUCCGUAAGGCCAUUUGGCUUCUGAGCCGUAUCUACCGACUUGUCAAUUCAACCGUCUUCGACGAUCUUGCCCACCAGAUUGUCCAUCAAACCACCCUCUCCCUCCACCACGCUAGUACUCUUAUCCCCGUCUCAACCACAGGAAGCAACCCAAGAUCCCCGACCCCAACCUCGCCAACUCGCCUCGAAACCCAUCGUCAGCUCUUUCUAAUGAGCCACCUCCUUAUUCUCAAACAACAAAUUGUCGCGUUCGACAUUGAAUACGUCGCCCCAGAAACCUCCCUCGACUUCUCUGGGUUAACGCACACCUUCUGGGAACUCCGCGAAGAACGCGGCGGCCUCUUCAAUCCGCGCAACCUUGUCCGACUCGUUGGCCACGGCCUCCUGCCUCGAGUGGUGGAGAAUAUGUUAGAUGCGAAAGUCGAACUGGAUGGCCGUCUUCGCACUGUGAUCAAUGAUUUCAUCAAUGGAUUCGCAAGCACAAUGACCGCGUCACUCCCCGCCAAAUUCGUGGCCACUCCGGCAGUCCAGAAGCAAGCGGCAGAGGAGUGGAUCUAUCCGACGUGUCGGAACAUCGAGUCCGAGGUACUGGGCUUGAGGCGCGUGCUGGGAGAGUACCUGGACGAUCUACGAAUGCGAGAGACAUUAGUCGGGGCAGUGCAAGAUCGCGUAAUCCAGAUUUAUGAAGAGUUUUGGGAGAGAUUUGUCGCCGAGGAGAGACGAAGUGGCUCGAUAGCUGGAGUGAGAGGGAAGGGCAAGGGGAAGGGACGCGAGGAUGAUGUCUGGGAUGUGGAUACGUUUGCGGAGUGGUGUGAGGGCGUCUUUCGAGUUGGAAUCUCCGGGGCCAAUAAUGACGAUGAUGCUAUUGGCAAUGGCAGGACUUCGAGUCGAACGGGGAGUCUGGGCUGAAUGCAGAACGCUGGGGUUUUGAGACUGUAAAUACUUUUGACCUUCAUUCUCGGCACAUAGUAAUUGGAAUUGUCGAUCGGCUUAUCAGGUGACCCGC